AUUAAAAUUAGCCAGUACGCAGAUGACACAACUUUCAUUCUUAACGGUACUAGAGAUUCAUUAUCCGCCACACUUAAGAUGAUCGAGACUUUUAGCAGUAUGUCUGGUCUCAGACUCAACAGUAAAAAGACUGAAGCUCUAUGGAUUGGAUCAAUGGCAGGAAAUAAGGAAAAACUUCUUCCCGAGAAGAAUUUUAAAUGGCCAGAAAACAAAGUUAAGGUCCUUGGCGUUUGGCUUUCUACCGAUCCUGAUAUCACAUUAAGCUUAAACUAUAGGGAAAAAGCGGACAAAAUUAAAAACAUAUUAAGCAAUUGGAAAUAUAGGCGGCUAACGUUACUCGGCAAAAUCCAAGUUAUUAAAAGCUUAGCGGCAUCUCAACUUACGUAUAUUUUAGCUCCGCUGCCGACAAAUCAUAAAAUUAUCAAAGAAAUAAACGAUCUUUUCUUCAGCUUUCUUUGGAACAAUAAGUGCGAUAAGAUUAAGCGAAGUGUCAUGACAAACGACUAUAACAAUGGAGGGUUAAAAAUGAUUGACAUCGCUUCAUUUACCAAAUCGCUCAAGACUGUUUGGAUCAAAAAAUACCUUGACGACUCUAACCGCGGAAAAUGGAAAUACUUUUUUGAAGUAGAACUUAAGAAGUACGGCGGCAAACUAGUCUUCACAUGUAAUUUACACAAACGUGACAUUUCAAAGUCGAUAUCGGUCCAAGACCCAUUUCUACAAGAAAUUUUAGAAAUAUGGUCAGAAAUUAAUUUUGAUGCUAAAAUCAAAACCGAGCAGCAAUUCCUUGAACAACAUAUAUGGCAUAAUUCGCUGAUUAGGAUCGAAAACAGACCGGUCUUCUACAAACAUCUUUUCCUGCAUGGAAUCACUAAGGUAGCCCACUUAAUGACAGACUCGCGGAAUUUUCUCCCCCUAGCAGAUUUUAUCAGCACUUACAAAAUACAAAUACAACCCAUAAAGUACUUCGGCUUAAUUUCUGCCCUUCGACACCAUUAUAAGACUAACUUUCUUAGUAAAGAACCCAGUAGCACAGACAUUCCCAAUACCUCCUCCGGGACCUUCUCCGAGACUUUUUUCAAGAACGAUAAAGUGAACAGAGUUGUAUACCAGAAGCUCCUCUCUUCCAAAAGCACCGUACCUGUUAAGAGCCAAGAGAAAUGGAAUGACAGCAUUAAAUCCGACCAAAGAUGCUCUGCUGACUGGACCAGCGCCUAUUGUCUGGCAGCUAGGUGCACAAAAAGCACAAAACUUGUAAACUUUCAAUUUAGAUUCCUUCACCGAAUUUUACCAACGAACCUUUUCCUAACAAAAAUUGAUAUAAAGCAGGACCCGAACUGCUCUUUCUGUACCAUCCAUCCCGAAAACCUAAUCCACCUCUUCUGGAACUGUACAAUAGUAGCCACCUUUUGGGAAAAUUUGACUGAAAAACUAAAGCAGAUCAAUUUAAUAACGAUAGAUUAUCCAAAAUACACUGCUGUAUAUCUGGGCCUGAAACCAGACACCUCCAAGUUUUCACUUCAACUAAAUUUCGGCCUUCUCCUGGCAAGAUAUUAUAUAUGGAGCUGCAGGGUCAACCAGAAAAUUCCGAAUUUAACAACUUUUCUUAUGUCCCUUAAAUCGCAGUUUUACAUAGAGUCCAACAACAUUGAUGCAACUUCUAAGAAAUGGAAUCGUUUACGUCCACUUCUCAACAUUACAUAGCUUUUGGUAAAAUAAAAGCUUUCCUAUUUAUCCAUUUUCUGUAAAUGAACCAAGGCCAAAGUGCAAUUGAGAGCUAGAC